AUGGCUCUGUCUCUGUCCAACUUCCUCUUCAUAUGUACGGCCUUCCUGCUGUCAUUGGUCUCUGCAGCCACACGGGUGUAUAACUUCACUGCCGGCUGGGUGAUCACAAACCCCGAUGGCCUGUUCAACAGGCCUACCAUUGGCAUCAAUGGCCAGUGGCCCUUGCCCCGAAUCGAGGCCGACGUGGGUGACAGGGUCAUUGUCCAUCUGAAGAAUGAUCUGGGAAACCAGUCGACCUCGAUUCACUUCCACGGUCUUUUCAUGAACGGCUCAAAUCAUAUGGAUGGCGUUGCGAGUACAACGCAAUGCCCGGUACCUCCUGGUGCCGUCUUUACGUAUGAUUUCAAUGUCACUCAGCCAGGCACAUAUUGGUAUCAUUCGCAUGUUGACGGACAGUAUCCCGAUGGAUUUCGAGGGCCGCUUGUCAUCCACGAUCCGGAAAAUCCAUACGCAGCCCUCUACGAUGAGGAGCUGGUGCUGACGCUCUCGGACUGGUAUCAUGAACAAAUGCCCACGCUCAUCAAGAAGUUUUUGAGCGUCACCAAUCCUACAGGUGCCGAGCCAGUACCACAAUCUGCUCUCAUGAACGACACCCAAAACCUCCAAAUCCCCGUGCAGCCCGGGAAAACCUACUUUUUGCGCAUAAUCAACAUGGCCGCCUUCGCCGCCCAAUACUUCUGGAUAGAAGGACACACCUUCCGCAUCGUCGAGGUGGACGGCGUGUACCAUGAACCCGCCGAAGCCAGCAUGAUUUACCUGACUGCCGCCCAACGGUACGGUGUUCUGCUCACCACCAAAAACGACACGGGUGCGAAUUUUGCAAUCAUGGGCUCGAUGGACGAGGACUUGUUUGACAAGGUGCCCGAGGGCUUGAACCCGAACGUGACGAGUUUCUUGGUGUAUGACCCAGAUAAACCGAUGCCCACGCCUCAGCUUAUUGACUCCUUUGAGCCGUUUGAUGAUAUGGAGCUUAGACCUACCGAUGGAGAGGAGCUGCUUGACGCCCCUGAUUUGGUCGUCCAGCUUGACCUGAUGAUGAACAAUCUGGGUGAUGGGGUCAACUACGCAUUCUUCAACGGCAUCACCUACGUCCGGCCCAAAGUGCCCUCCCUGUACACGGCGCUGACGACCGGGGCUCUCGCGGCGAAUGCCGAGGUCUACGGCGUCAACACGCACGCCUACGUCCUGGGCCACAACGAAGUCGUCGAGAUCGUCCUGAACAACCAAGACCCGGGCAAACAUCCGUUUCACCUGCACGGCCACACCUUCCAGGCGGUCGUGCGCGGCGCCGAAGACUCGGGCGACUACGACCCCAACGCGGUCAAAAAUGGCAGCCUGGUCCUGCCCAGGACACCGAUGAGGCGGGAUACGAUCUUGGUGAGGCCCAACGGACACAUCGUGAUGAGAUUCAGGAGCGACAACCCCGGCGUGUGGUUGUUCCAUUGCCACAUCGAAUGGCACGUUGAUUCGGGGCUGGUCAUGACUUUUGUCGAGUCCCCCCUCAUCCUUCAACAAACCCUCCCCGCCCGCAUUCCCGACGACCAUUUUGCCGCCUGCGCCGCCCUGUCCAUGCCAACGGCCGGCAACGCCGCAGCCAACACACACGACCUUCUCGACCUGAGCGGCGCCAACGUCUCUCCGCCACCUCUGCCCGACGGCUUCACUACGCGGGGCAUCGUCGCCCUGACAUUCAGCAUUGUCGCCGGCAUCCUCGGCGUCGCGACCGUCGUGUGGUACGGGCUCGGCGAGAUGGGCUCCAUCGAGGCUGAGCGUGAGAAGGCCAAGAUCCGGCGAAUGGCCGCGGAGCGAGGCGUCGGCGUCGUCGACGCGUCCAGCGAGCACGUCGAUACUUCUGCCUCAUCCGCUCCGACUGCUAGUGGCGGGGACGGGGGUUUGGCCGGAGCCGGGACAGGACGUCACGCUGGUGGGGACGCAGAGGAGAUCACGAGGGCGGGCAAGUAG